AUGGAUCUCAAGAAGAAGCUGGAGGAGGCAAAGGUUGGGCUCGCUGGCAAGAAGGAGGCGGAGCGGCAGAACAAUGUCGCCAAAAGCAAAGUCCAGGCUAUCCGGGUGGCCCAGAACUAUUCAUUGCUAGCUAUGGGGAUCCUCCUCGAGGUGCGGGUUGUCUUCUUCGUGUUCGGUGGCCUUGUUCCCGGAGAAAUGGCGGAGGAGGGUCGGCGCAUGGAAGAUGGCCACGAGGACGAGGAGAGAGCUGCGUUCUCUCCCACCGAGCUCGCGAGCAGCAGUGAAGAGGAGAGCAAGCGAGGUGGGGGCGAUGGGGCCGCUGACGCGAACAUGGAGGCAAUCCGCCAGAUGCUGCAGGACCAUGUGAUCUCCAUGCGAACGGCGUGGGGAGACGUGGCGUCGCGUGUUGAACAGGCUGAGUUGCGCCAGACGGAGCAGGAAAAGGCUGGAUCCUUGCGGGGGGCAUGGGCGGACCUCGUGGGGGUGGAGGGGGCUCUGGCGGAGUUGGAGGAUGGGGGUGGCACCGGAGGGACGGGAAGGGGGUCCGCAGUGGGGGACGAAGACACACUCAGUGAAGAAGAUAAGCGCACACUCGUUGUGGGAGGGUGGCUGCAGGACACCAAGCGGGCGGUCAUCAUUGAGGAGGCCAAGGAGAUCUUGACGAGGGAGGACGCCCAGGCCAAGGUUGAUGCCACGGAGCUGCAUGUCUUUGGACCCCGUCGGGCGUUUGGGCUCUUGCGCUUCGUGCGGAGGGGCGAGGAGACCUACGCUGGCAUGCGCGACCGCAUGUGGGACGUCAUCAAGGCCAUUCGGGGUGCGGAGCACGUUCUUCCCUCCACGCGGGGCGGAGUCGCUGGCGAUGGGGAGGGGAAACGCAUCUGGGCGUCCUUCACGAAAACCCGGGCCGCAAGACGCAGAGGGGGGCACGCCAGCUUGGUUCGCCGGGUUGCCCAGACGGCGGUUGACGAGGCUGAACAGUCCGAUCGGGUUGUCAUUGAGGCCAAGGAGCACGACUACUAUGAGGUGGACUGGAACUCCGGGACAGUGUGGGCAGGGGCGCACAAGCUGGGCAGCGCAGUGCACCGGGCACCUCGAGGAGAGCAUGUUCGCACCAUGGGGGGCGGCUGGGUGGACACGGCGAGCAUCGCAGAGGCGAUUGGAGUGCCUGAGGAGCAGCUGGGGGUCGCCGAAGGUGUCAUCCCAGAGUCUGAUGAAUUCGUGACUGAUGCAAUCGCUGAGUGGGUGAGGGGGCGACGCGCGGGUGCAAAACACGCGCCGCGCCCGCGUGAAGCCAAAGAGCGCCGACUCAACUUUGCCGACUUCAAUGUGGGCGGCCAGACCUUGGAGACUGUCGAUGCGGCAACAAAUGAAUAUGACGUCGUUAUGGUGCAAGAGGUUGCUAGAGGGGAGGCGGGGUGGCAUGAGUAUGACACAACACACUUUCACUGGCUGGUUUGGAGACAUGCUGACAAGUGGAGGGGGCAGGCGGUUGGGGUGAGCCAUGACAUUUGGGACUGCUUUCCCCAACGGGCGGGGGCGAAACAUGGCCUUUGGGUUGUGUGUCGGCUGCAAGAUGGGGGGAGGUUGGUGAUUGGGAAUUUACAUGCACCCACAGGAGUGACGCACCAGCAGUACGCCCUGGCCGUCGAGGACUUUGUGACUGCGCACCCUGUGAAGCGCAAAGGGCUGCCACACGUGGUGGGUGUCGACGCCAACGAAAAGCUGGCCUGGGUGGGGGAUGAGGCUGGGGUUGCUGACCUGAAUCACGGGUCCCACAAUCGUGAGACGCUUGAGGAGCAGUUUCGCCGGUUGUUGCUCCGUCCUCUCCCUCCCGAACCGGAUCAUCGCAAUGCCCCCACUCACUUUCCAUGGGAUGUCACGCGGGAGGGGAGGCAAAUCGAUGGGGUGUGGGUGGGAUGGGUUGUGGCUGAUGGCCUUUCCUUCCGGCCGGAGAAGCGCCACAUUGUCAACACUGAUCAUGCGCUGCUGCAGUGGCGGGUGAAGAUCGGGAGGGGCAAAAGGCGGGAGUGGCUGACGGGGGGAGGGGCUCGCUGGGUGCAUGACCCGGAGCGGGUGGCGGUGGCGGACAUUCGGGGGGUCGGGGACAUUAUAGGACUGGCGCGCACUACAACAAGCCGACGUGGUACCCACGAGUACAAGGACACGGACAGUGUGCUUGAGGCCAUUGAUCGAGCACACCUCCUACCGCAUGAACCGAAGCUUUGGAAAGAAGUCCACAAGCGUCGAAGGAGGGCGCGUCGCAGAUGGGAGCAACAGCGGGUGGCCCGCAUCUUGGAGGGCGACUGGGGGGCCUACCGAGCUCGGCAAAUGCAACGUCAACGACGGGCGGGGUGGUGGGGGAAACUCCUUGAGGAGCGCACGGGCGAGCAGCUCGCCACAGACAUCAAGCUGCACCUCGAGGCCAAAGUCUGGGACCCCGACCUGGACUGGAAUAAGGAGCUCCGAGCGAUGAUAGACAGGGUACCCUGUGACGUGAACAACUGGAGGCCCUUUGAGUCCACGGAUGUGGGGAGGGAGCUGGAAAAGAUGAAGCGCCGGGCAGCUGCUGGGCCUGAUGGAGUUGGAGUAGACCUUCUGUGGCAUGUCCAUGCGCGGGGUGAUGGGGUGCUGGCUGAAAUUGCCAAUUCCGUUGUGCGAGGUGAGGGGGGUGACGAUGGGUGGGACCAUAGCCUGCUCGCGCUCCUCCCCAAGAUCGAGCACCCGGGGGGGCCGAAUGACCUUAGGCCAAUUGCAGUGUCGAGCGCCAUGAUGAAGCUGGUGAUUCGCAUGACCAUGCACCGUUGUUUUCCUCUUCUUCGUGUUCCUUCAUCCGUCAGUGCCUGCGGCAAACAACGUCAGGCAGCGGACCUGUUGGGGGUGAUGACAAGGCUCAGGGACAUGUCUCGUGAAUGGCGCAUUCCCCUGUUGGUGGCAAAGCUGGACGUGAGUGGGGCGUUUGACAAUGUACGCCGAAUGGCGGUCGCGGAGCAUCUUAUGCAAGGGCUGGGGGAAUAUCCUGUAGAGCUUCGCUUCCUGCUGCAGCAGCUCGGGGAGAACGUGCUUGAGGGGAUGGCGCCUGGGGGUGAAAAACUAGUAGUCCAUGCCAACAAGGGCAUCAGGCAGGGGUCCCCAGAGUCGGCGGAGAUCUUUGGGAUGCUCAUGACGCUGGCUGUCGAGGACGCUCUUGAGGACGCCCGGUGGCCUGCCUUUCGGGGAGCAAUGGAGGACCUGCCGGUUGCGGUCGUAGUGUACCAGGAUGAUGUAUUCCUGUGGGAUGAUGACCCGCACGUGCUCGAGCAGAAGAUUCGCAUCAUCGCUGAGAAGAUCGCUCGCUUAGGACUUUCGCUUUCCCCCACCAAGACUGCUGUUGCUGCCUCUGUGGCGUACGAGGGGCGCAUGAUGUUGGACGUCAUGGGGCAGCAGGUGACGGUUGGCAAUUCCAUCCGGGCGCUGGGGGUGCUGUUCGAUUUCCAGGGGGGCUCGGGGGGCCAAGCCGCUGAGAUGUUGCAACGAGCAAGCAACGCGGCGUGGGCUCAUGAUGAUCUGCUCCGGGGCCAGGGGAGUCGAGCAGCUAAAGCUGCCAUGGUGAGGAGCUUGGUGGAGGGCACGUUCACGUGGGGGGCGGGGGCGUUGCACUGGCCCCAGGAGCAGCUGCAAAAGGCGAACACUGUUCAACUACAGGUGCUCCGCCGGGCGUUCCGCUUGGGAAGGAAGAGGGGGGAGGACUGGAUGGGGUGGAAUGCACGCACGCUCCGGGAUGUGAGGGCUUGGGUUGCAAUGGCGAAAGUUGAGAGGUGGUCGGCGAAAGUCCUGCGACUGCAGCACCAGCUGCUGGGGCACUGGCAGAGGCAAAGGGAGGGAGGGGAACUUGGGUUGGCUGCUCGCAUGUUGGGGUGGCGGAGCCUGCGGUGGUGGCAUGCUGAGCAGAAUCUCUCCUUUGGGAUGAGACACCCCGGCCGCUUCUAUCCAGAUAAUGUUGAACGACAGGUUGCCGAAACAUUCGGUGAUGAUUGGCCCCUCCUUGCACAGGAUCGGGUUGGGUGGGCGGCGACACUGCCGAGAUGGCUGGCACGAUGGGAUGCUCGGUGGUGCCGGGGAAGACAGCAUUCUCUACCAUGGUGA